AUGGGCAAUCUAGGGUUCGUGAAUCCCUUCGGGGAGAAUAUCAUGAGAGCCAUCACCCCUCGAAAGGUCAAGGUUCCUCCCACUGACCACUAUGAUGGAACUACAGACCCCAUCGACCAUCUGGCAGCAUUUAAGGCACAAAUGAGUGUGCAGACUAGCAACAAGGCUGCAUGGUGUAAGUUUUUCCUAACCACUUUGAAGGGGUUGGCCUUAACUUGGUUCACGGAGCUACCCUCCGGAAAUAUAUCGAGCUUCACGGCUCUCGAAAUAGCCUUCAAGCAGAAUUUCAUCGCGGGUAGAAGACAUCAGAAGACUAGCAUUCACCUCAUAUCGAUUAGACUGCAGAGAGAUAAGGACUUAGCCAACUAUAUCAAAAGGUUCAAUGAGGAGUCAUUAAAGGUCUCUGAUCUCCAGGACAGCUUCGCGUUCACCGCGCUCAUGUCCGUGUUGUACCCCUCGAGCAGAUUCAAGCUUAAGCACGCAGAAUGUGAAGCGUCAUCAUUUUCAGAAGCUAUGAACCUUGCCCAGAAGUUCAUUCAAGCCUCCGAUAUCUACAAAACGCAUGAGGAGCCCAGCUUCGGAAAGAGGAAGUAUGAGUACACUCCUCGAGCGGAUAACCCAAGGGAUGUCCCUCGAAAAGAGAAAGAGAAAAAGCCCCGGUUGGAGGACAACGGGCAUGACCCUCGGUAUAAUCUGAAACAAAGAGAAAUCUACCUGGACAUCAAAGGAAAGUACCCCUUGCCAAAGCCUAAUCCCAUCUGGACUUUAGUCAACAAGCGGGAUAAGAGGCUCUAG